AUGAGCUCCCACGGCAAUGGUACAGCAAUGACAGCUGAUGAUCGUUUAAAACAAGUCUAUGAAGUUCUUACAAAACGAAAUCAUAAUCGUGCAUUAACUUUGAAAGAUGCUGGAACAGUAAUUCGUGCAGCUGGUUACAGUCCAACAAGUGGUGAAUUAAAAAAAAUAAUUGAUAUAAAAUUUGGCACAAUGUAUGCUCAUCAAUUAUUUGAUUUAGCAACAAUUCAAGAUAUAUGUACAGGCUUAAAGAAACGUUCGGAAAAAGAAGUUCACGAUAGUUUACGCUGUUUCGAUUAUGAACGUAAUGGUUUUAUAUCAGCGCAAGAAUUAAAAUAUUUUUUUAGUACACGCGGUGAAAAAUUAAGUGAAGAAGAAAUCGAUGAAAUGCUGCGAGAUAUGGAUAUUGAUGAACAAGGGAUGCUGUCCAUUGAACAAGCACUUUCCGUACUCUUUGCUGGUGACUAUACAGAAUAA